UUGGCAGAGUCAGCGAAACGCGGCCCGCUGCGGCCCGGGGUUGGGGAGCGCCCUCUCUCUCCCGCGCCGCCCGCCGCCCGCCGCGCCCCGGGCCAUUCGCAGCGCAGGCAACCUCGCGAGCGGCCACGGCGCGCCCCGCCGGGAACCCGCAGCCAUGGAGCUCCGCAAGGCCGACCCCGCCGUGGCCAUCGACAUGCUGCUCAUCGUGCACUCGGAGAAGCGGCGCGCCGCGCAUGGCUCGCACCCCGAGCGCCCGGCAGACGCGCCCGCGCCGCGCAGAGCAGGACUCCAAGGCGUGGUCGGAAACGGGAUCCGGAGAUGGCAGAAAUUUGAAGGCGACGAGCUGCAUGGAACACAGCUGACUGUGGAGGUCCACCCUCGAGACACUAUGCCUCAGCUGCUCAAGAAGUUCUCCUUGGCUAAACGUUUGCAAGGUGACAAAAAUGGCAACACAAGACCUCGGCAGCCUGGAGGGAAAGACGCCCUGGCCUAUCCCUGGGACAGGUCCAGCCUGAAGUCCAUGGCGCUAGACCUGCAGCAGUUUGAGAAACUAGAUACCUAUGCCUCACAGGUGGCAGUCAAGAGUGGCCUGGACGAACUAGUAAGCGACCUGCUCCAGGAGGCCCACAGUGACCUGGAGAGAGUCCGAGCUAUCUGGAUCUGGAUCUGUCACCACAUAGAAUACGAUGUCCAAGCAGUACAAGAAAAGGACCGCCAAGCCUUCAAACCCACUGAAAUCCUGCGGACCCAGAAGACCAACUGUGACGGUUAUGCUGGGCUCUUUGAGAAGAUGUGCAGGAUCGCUGGAGUGCAGUGCAUGACCGUGCCCGGCUACUCCAAGGGCUUUGGCUACCAGGUGGGGCAGAGCUUCUCAGGAGAGUUUGACCAUGCCUGGAAUGCUGUCUUCCUGGACGGGCGGUGGCACUUGGUGGACAGCACCUGGGGCAGUGGCCUGGUGGACUCUGCCACCUCCAAAUUCACCUUUCUCUACAAUGAAUUCUACUUCCUCACCCACCCGGCGCUGUUCAUCGAGGACCACUUCCCCGACAACAAGAACUGGCAGCUGCUCAAGCCUCCUCAGUCCCUGAGGCAGUUUGAGGACAACAUGUACCACAAGAGCGAGUUCUACAACAAGGGCAUGCUGAGUGCCCACCCGGACGUGGCCAUGAUCAGGACAGUGAACGGGAAGACCACCAUCACCCUGGAGAGCUGCGCCCCCACGCUGUUCAUGUUCAUGCUUAACGGCAAGCAGGAACACGGGCUGCUGAGCCUCAAGAAGAACGGGAUGAAGCUGGACGUGUUCCCCCCAGCCGUGGGCACCCACAAACUGCAGAUCUUCGCCAAAGGUGACUCGGAUGUCUACAGCUCGGUGCUGGAGUACACGCUCAAGUGCAACUACGCCGAUCUGGGGGCCCGGCUGCCCUCCGAGCUGCACCAGCCUGUGGGCCCCAGCUGGUUCUCGGAGAAGAUGGGCAUCGUGAAGCCCUCGCACCCCGACCCCGUCAUCCACACCACCGACGGGCGCUGCUGCGUCAGCUUCGGGGUGGAGGAAGGCGUGAGCGUACUGGCGUCCCUGCACGGGGACGAUGGCCCAGUGACCGAGGAGACCCAGCGGCGCUACAUCUUCCAGCUGCAGCGGGAGAAGCGGACGGAGCUGAAGGUGCAGCUGCCCCACGCCGGCAAGUUCGCCCUCAAGAUCUUUGUCAAGAAGCAGCAGGAGCCGGGCAAUUAUGUCUUUGUCUUCAACUACCUCGUGUGCUGCAGCAACACCAAGGUCAGCUGGCCCGUGUUCCCUGAGAGCUUCGGCAACUGGGGACAGGGCAAUGAACUGCUGGAGCCCCUGUCCGGGGUGCUCCCGGCCAACCGCGACGUCCCCUUCAAGCUCAAGCUGCACGGUGUGGCCAAGGCCCUGGUGAAGGGGCAGGACACGUGGCCCCUGACCCUCAACCGCGACGGCUACUGGGAGGGCAGCUGCAGCACUGAGGGCUGCCAGGAGGUGUACGUCAUGGUGCUGGAAAAUGCCAACCACAACUUCUACUCCUACAUCCUCAAGUACCAAGUCAACGGCCAGUGAGGGCCUGGCCUAGCCAUGCCCCGCUGGGACCCCUGGGGCCCCCUGCUCUGCUGUGGGCCCCUCUCAGUGGUGGGCCAGGGGCAAAGGCCAUUGAGAAGGAAACGGUGCUAUGUAAACCCAAGGAAUUAUGAACUGGACCCCAGGCCCGGGUACCCCCACUCUGCAUACUGUUGAUGAUGUUGUCGCCUUAAAGGAUGAUGGGAGAGGCCUGCCAGGGACGAGAGUCGCAGAGCCCCUGUCCAGUCACACCCUGGUGUUGCUCACCAGCUACUGUGCAACUCGGGGGAGUCUGGAGCCUCCUUAUCCCACAGGCCCGACCAGCUUCCGCAUUCCUGCCACCUCCUCAUGAGUCUCAGGAGAAGAGGCCAACAGCUGCCAUGCUCCCCCAUGCAACAGGGAUGGGGCUUG